UCACCGCCGCGCGUUCUCCUCGCAGGAGCUGGAGUGCAUGAUGGAGCCCCAGGAGCUGGGCCUGGAACAGCCGCUGCCCGCCCCCGAGCAGGGCCCCGGCGGCGAGGCCGAGCUGCCGGCCGCCGAGAUCUCCCUCACGCUGGUCACCGAGAUCCAGGCCGUGGACAGGAAGGUGGACACCCAGGCAGCCCAGCUGAUGAACCUGGAGGGCAGGAUGAGGAUGGCGGAGACGAAGCUGAUCGGCUGCGAGAAGACGGCGGUGGAAUUCGGGAACCAGCUGGAGAGCAAGUGGACGGCGCUGGGCACCCUCAUCCAGGAGUACGGGCAGCUGCAGAAGCGCCUGGAGAACAUGGAAAACCUCCUGAAGAACAGGAACUUCUGGAUCCUGCGGCUGCCCCCGGGGGCAAAAGGGGAAGUCCCCAAGGUCCCCGUGGCCUUCAACGACGCCUCAUUUAACUUCUCUGAGGAGGAGUGGAAGAGCCUCAACGAGUGGCAGAAGGAGCUGUACAGGCACAUCAUGAAGGGCAACUAUGAGGCCGUCAUCUCCAUGGACGCUGCCAUUUCCAAGCCUGAGCUGCUGACACGGAUUGAGCAGGGGGAGGAUCCCAACGCUGAGGAUCAGGAGGACUCUGAGGGAGGAGAGACACCCACGGACCCCAGCACUGAGUUUUUCUUCCCUGGGCCUGAUGACAGCUCGUGGGGUAAAUAUGAAGAGACUCUGGCUGAAAGCCACGAAGGCUCUGAGGAAGAGGAGGGCAUGGAGGUCCCUGGUACAUACGAACAGCCGUGCGAUGAGGAGGGCUCCGAGAGCCUGGAGCUUUCCAGGUCCUUGACAGGAAAGUGGGAAGAGGUUUUCUCCAGCCCGGAGGAAGAGAUGCAGUCGAGCAGCAAGAGCCAGAGCGGGCCGGCCCCGCCGCAGCGAACGGCCACGGGCAACGGGCUGAGGCGCUCGGUGCGCCGCGGGAGAGACUUGGCCAGGAAGGAUCCCGAGGAGGCGGCGGCCGACAAGGGGCCCUACAUCUGCUGCGAGUGUGGGGAGAGCUUCCUGGACAAGCAGCUCUUCGCCACCCACCAGAAGGCGCACGCCAGCGAGGAGGCCUGCACGUCCCUGGAGCGCGGCGAGAGCUUCCGGCAGAAAUCCAAAGCCAAGGGCCAGGGUCCCUCCCGCUCUAAAGCGUCCAAGCGCCCCGACGGAGAGAAGAGCUCGGGAUUCAAGUACGGCCUCGUCAGGCACCAGGUGAACAACAUGGUGGAGAGGCCCUACACCUGCUUGGAAUGUGGGAAGAGCUUUGGGUGGAGUGCUGCCCUGAGGGCACACCAGCUGAUCCACACUGGGGAGAGGCCCUACACCUGCUCCCAGUGCAAGGAGAGCUUCAGCCUGGAAGUGAGUCUGAUCCUGCACCAGAAGCUGCACACGGGGAAGGGCGAUGGGCCGCUGACGUGCACCUACUGCGGGAAGGACUUCCGAGACCUCUCCAAAGCCAUCCGCCACCAGCGCAUCCACACCGGGGAGAGGCCCUACCAGUGCACCGAGUGCGGGAAGAGCUUCAUCCGGCGGGACCACCUGCUCAAGCACUGGCGGGUGCACACUGGGGAGACCCCCUACCAGUGCCCCGUCUGCGGGAAGCAUUUCCGCUACAAAGAGUCCCUGAAUUGCCACCAGAAAAUCCACUCCCGCAACCCGCGGCCCGGCGAGGAUUCCCAGCACAACCUGGGCUCGGCGGGCACCCAAACCGACCAUUUCUGCGUGAAAAAAGAGACUAAGCACCAAACCAACACCUCCCCUCCCCCUGCACCGCACCCCGGGGCCUUCCCCGUUACUCCUCGGUCCCGCCAGCCCACCCCGUCUCUCCGCUGCCAGCCCAGCUCCUCGGGCAAUGCCCCGAGCGCCCCCAGCCCCGUCAGUUCGCCAGUCUCUCGGUGCCCGCAGUUCCCGGCGGAGCGGGCACCGGGCGCGCCCCCCCCCGCGGGGUCCGCAUGGCCCCGGGGAUGUCCCCAUCGCCCCGGGCGGUCCCUGUCACACCGGACGGGAGGGGCUCUAUCACACCGGGAGGGUCCCUAUCCCCCGGGGGGGAUCCCCCGCCCUGACCCCUCGCCCUUGUGUCCGCAGGCGCCGGAGCCGGUGCGGCCGCCGCGCUGCCCCUCGCCCCUCCGGCCAGCGGCCGGCCCCGAGCGCACCUCGGAGCGGGAGACGCAGACGGCAGAGCUGUCCCUGACCGUGGUGGCGGCCGUGCAGGCGGUGGAGCGGAAGGUGGAUUCCCACUCCACCCGCCUGCUCGACCUGGAGGGUCGGACGGGGAUGGCGGAGAAGAAGCUGAUCGACUGUGAGAAGACGGCGGCGGAGCUGGGGAACCAGCUGGAGAGCAAGUGCGCGGCGCUGGGCACCCUCAUCCAGGAGUACGGGCUGCUCCAGCGGCGCCUGGAGAACAUGGAGAACCUCCUGAAGAACAGGAACUUCUGGAUCCUACGGCUGCCCCCAGGCAGGAAGGGGGAAGUCCCCAAGGUGCCGGUGACCUUUGAUGAUGUGUCCGUCUAUUUCAAUGACAAGGAAUGGGAGAAGCUGGAGGAGUGGCAGAAGGAGCUGUACAAGAAUGUGAUGAAGGGGAACUACGAGUCUCUGAUCUCCCUGGACUAUGCAAUUUCCAAACCUGGUGUUUUGUCUCAGAUCGAGCAAGGGGAGGAAUCACGGGGCAGGAAUGAGCAGGACCUGGAGGAGAGUGAGAUCAUUACUGAUGCCACAGCAGCUGGAAUAAGGGUUGUGAUCAAAACAGAGGAGCUCCUUCCUGAAGACAGCCCUGAGAACCCCGAGCUGCACGGGAUGUCGGGGCAGUCCGAGGGCAGCUUCCAGAGCCCAGAUGAGGAGGCAGCUUGUGAGAGCCCCUACGGCUCCGUGUCCCCACCCAGGGACCUCCCAGGGACCAGCCUGGGGGACUCAUCUGAGUAUGGAGCUGACUUCAACGAGAUCCAGAGGGUCAUCGUUCACCACGGGAGCUGCACAGAGGAUGGGAUCGUGAUCAAGACGGAGGAAGAGGAGGAGGAGGAGGAUGACCCCGACACGCUGGAGCCCUGUGCCAUGUUCUCGGGCCGGAGUGAGCCGCCGGCGUUCCCCAGCCACGAGGCUGGGCUGGGCUGCGAGGCACAGUGCAGCUCCAAGGCGCAGCCCCGCAGCCUGGCCGCCCGCGUCAGGAAACCGUCGGCCUGCGAGAGGGACUCCGGGGACAUGAAGCCGGCCGGCGGCCAGCAGCGGAACCGGACGCGGGAGAGACCCUACAUCUGCCCCGAGUGCGGGAAGAGCUUCAUGCUCAAGAUCAACUUCAUGAUCCACCAGCGCAACCACCUCAAGGAAGGGCCCUACGAGUGCCACGAGUGCGACCUCAGCUUCCGCAACAAGCAGCAGUUCCUGCUGCACCAGCGCAGCCACACGCGCCGCGGCGUGGGGGUCCCGCGGCGCCCCGAGCACGGCCUCAAGCCCCCGGCGCGGCCCCCGCCCCCGGGGAAGCCCUACAAGUGCUCCGAGUGCGAGAGCAGCUUCAGCCACAAGUCGAGCCUCAGCAAACACCAGAUCACCCACGUCGGGGAGCGGCCCUUCACCUGCGGCGAGUGCCGGAGGAGCUUCCGCCUGCAGAUCAGCCUGCUCAUGCACCAGAGGAUCCACGCCGGCAAGAACGAGAUGGCCUUCCUGUGCCCCCAGUGCGGCAAGAACUUCACCCGGCCCUCCCACCUGCUGCGGCACCAGCGGACUCACACCGGCGAGCGGCCCUACCAGUGCAGCCAGUGCGAGAAGACCUUCAGCGAGAAGUCCAAGCUCACCAACCAUUACCGCAUCCACACGCGGGAGCGCCCGCACGCCUGCGCCGUCUGCGGGAAGGGUUUCAUCCGCAAGCACCACCUCCUGGAGCACCAGCGCAUCCACACGGGCGAGCGGCCCUACCACUGCACCGAGUGCGGCAAGAACUUCACGCAGAAGCAUCACCUCCUGGAGCACCAGCGGGCGCACACCGGCGAGCGGCCCUACCCCUGCACCGAGUGCACCAAGUGCUUCCGCUACAAGCAGUCGCUCAAGUACCACCUGAGGACGCACAUGGGAGAGUGAGGGGCUGCCGAGGCUUCCUCUCCCUCCCUCCCUCCAUCCCUCCCUUCCUACUCGUCCUCCUUCUCCUCCACUGAUCUCUCCCACCCUCCCUCCAUCCAUCUCCCCCCACCCCGGCUCAGGGCAUGGACAUCAAGGAAGCUUUGUGUGGUAGCGCCGCUGGUCUGGUGGAGACUCGGCUGAUUGGAAAUAAAUUAAUGAAUUAAAGCAAGCAACGCGCGGCAAAAUUAAAAGAUUAUAUAUAUAUAAAAUUAACAGAAGCAGCUGAUUUAGGGGGAAUCCUCACCAACAAGCAAACCACCGACAAAAGAAACCUGUACACAGGGUGUUUUGCCAGAGUAGGACUCGUAACUGCUUUUUAAAUCUACUGUUUGGUUUUUUUUAAUAAAUGUGGAGGAACUUUUAUUUGAUAAGCAACCUUAGGAUGGGCAAGAUUUUAUUUUUCGUUUUGGUUUUUUUUGUU